AAUGUAUAAUAAAUAAGGUAUCAAAAAGGCGAGUUGUAAAUAUGUUUGCCAUACUAUUUUUGGAAGAGAAAAAACACUUAACGAUCUGAUCUAAUCGUUACGAAAUACGACACUUAUUCAUAUAGACUAAGUUUAUUUAUAUAUGGGAGAACUCUUCAUUUCGGAAGAGUCUAAUAUAAGUGAUCAGUCGUGAAUAACUGAGAUACAGGUGCUGAAUAUGGACCGUGGAAAUUCUAAGCCAGAAACUGUUAAUGAUCCUGCGAAACCGAUUAGCCAAAAAGACACAAAUGAAGCUUCGAACACGAAUCAAAACAGCGCGAAAGAGCAAAACGAUUACCAAAAAAUAGAUCAACAUGCAAGAAAGGCACCAAGCCAUUUGAGGAAUUCUGCAGGAGAUCUUGUAGCAUAUUUGUCAUCAGUUUCGAAAGAUCCAAGAAUGCUGGCUCGAGGUUUUUUUGUUUGGAGCUCCGAGAAUAUAGAAUAUGAUGCUGACGGUUAUUUUGGAAGAGCGGAGAAAGCUCCAAAUGAUCCCGAAUCAGUGAUGAAGAAUGGCAGAAGUGUGUGCGGAGGCUAUGCCAGGGUGUUUGAGUUAUUAUGCAGCAAAGCUGGAAUUCCUGUAAAGAAACUGUCUGGAUUUGCCAAAUGCUAUGGCUAUUCACCAUCAAAACAACUCACUUUAAACUCGAAAACAAAUCAUGCUUGGAAUGCCGUCCAACUUGAAGGGCAAUGGUACCUUGUAGACUGUACAAUUGGUUCAGGUCACUUUGAUAGUGAAACAAAUGACUUUAAAAAGGAGUUUGACGAUUUCUACUUCCUUACAGAUCCAAAGCACUUCGUUUCAGCUCAUUUUCCAUACAUGGAUAAUAAUUUGGAAGAAAGUCAGAAAUGGCAAUUGUUAUCUAAACCUAUAAGCCUGGAAGAGUUUAAUAAAAGCAUAAAUUACAGUCCAGAGGCUUUCAAAAUAGGAGUGCAGGCAGUAAGUCAUACAACAGCAUAUUUUGAAAUGAAAAAUGAAUUGCAGAUGACUUUCAAAAGUCAUGGAAAAGAAGAUAUCACGUGCAUUUCCAGAUUAAUGUAUAAAGAAGGUAACUGGUUAAAAGAACAAAGAAAUGCAACAUUUGGCUAUCAUGAAAAUGAUGUUUGCAAGAUUUUAGUUCAUCCACAAAAGCCAGGUAUGUAUGAGUUAACCAUAUAUGGUAAACUUGCUUCGGAUGAUAGAGAAGAAAACAUACCACAGGUAUUGAAAUACAGUUUCAAAUGUACUGAAGUUACAGACGAAACCCAUGAAUACCCACGUAAAUAUAGACCAGCGUUUGUUGAAAAAUGUAUUUUGCAUGAGCCUCGCAGGGGAAACCUCCCUUCUAAAACUGAAAUUCAGUUUCGUAUCUCAGCACCACAUCUACAAGUCAUUAAGGUAGGAGGUACAUCCCUUAUGAAGCAAGGCACUAUGUUUACAGGCAAAGUAACUACACCAGAAAAAGGAUAUCAAGUAAACAUGUACGGUACAAGGGGCGAUGAAUACAGCAGCUUGUACAAUUUCUAUACAGUGUGACUUCAACAGUACAUAACAUUUCUAAGAUACAAAACAGUUUAAUGUGGGAAAUUGCUUUCUUAACUAUGAUAGACAAUCUGACUUUCUGUGUGUUUAUGAGACCUUGUUCUCAUCAAUUGUCCUGUUUCUUUCUUUGGAUUUAAAUAAAUAUAUAUUUUUGUUAUAAUUAAAUGCUUAUCAAUAAGUAUUCAGAAGUAUUGUUUACAAUGAAAUAUUAUCACUUACUUAUACUUACAGUAUAAUUGGUACAAUCAUUCAGCUUAUAUACAGUAUGCCAUAAUUUACAUUAAAUGAUGAACGUUAAAAUGUGACGGUUAAAUGACCUACAUCUAGUAAAAUUCUGAAGAUCAAUUGAAAUUCUAUAUAAGCUUAGCAAAGGCAAGAAAAACAUGUAUACUAUGAGAAUAAAUAACGACGCUACUUAAACAUAUUAUCAUAUAUCUUGCAUUAACCUGGUGUAUUUUAUCGAACUUUUAAUUUCAUUGUUUCCAAGGAUACUAUAUACUUUUGUAUUCAUAUGUUUCAAAGCUAUAAUUUCCAUUGCAUUUUAUCAUUUUGUUUAUUUCUUUUUCAAUUUUGUGUUUGCAAUUAUUCAACUUUAUUACACAAAUAUAUAAUUUAGUAAUAGGAAAUUGACUCAUUCAUGUGACGUUUUAAUUUAUUAAUCCCUGUAGCCCAUGUUAGUUUAAUGCAAUAUUGGACAAUAUAGUUAAUAUAAAUCUAUAUAAGUAUAAGUAACAUUUGAUUAGGCAUAGGUUCCAGUGAUACCUGAAUGUAGUCAUUAUAGCUUCUGAGAAGUAUAUUAUUAAAGAUUUCAUAAUAAUGUUCAUCCAUGAAAGCCGGGUAUGUACGAGUUAACCAUAUUUGGAAAAUUUGCUUCGGAUGAUAGAGAUGAAAGCAUACCACAGGUAGUGGAGUACAAUUUCGAAUGUACUGAAGUUUCAGACGAAUCCCAUGAAUACCCACUUGAAUAUGAAGCAGCGUCCGUUGAAAAAUGCAUAUUGCAUGAGCCUCUCAGGGGAUACCUCCCUUGUAACACUGAAAUUAAGUUUCGUAUCUCAGCACCCUAUCUUCAAUAAAUUAAGGUAGGAGAUACAUCACUUAUGAAGCAAGGUACUAUGUUUACAGGCAAAGUAACAACACCUAAAAAAGGAUAUAAAGUAAGCAUGAAAGGUACAAGAGGAGAUCAAUACAGCAGGAGGACUGCUUUGUACAAGUUCCAUACCGUGUGACUUUAACAUAACAAAACUUCGCUAAGAUUCAAGACAUUUUCAUGUGGAGCAUUACCUUCUCUGCUAUUAUAAAAAAAAUCUGACUUUUAUAACGUUGAUGAAACGCUGUUCUAAAAUGUAGUCUUGUGUUUGUUUUUUCUUGAUAUUUAAACAGGUAUAUGUUUAUUAUUGUUAAAUGCCUAUCAAAAAGUAUUCAGAAGUUUUGUUUUUGAUAUAUAUUAUCACUUACUUCGUUAUCAUUUUAAAUGGUGCAAUCGUUCUAUGAAUCAGAACAUAUGCAUUAUGCCAUGAUUUGAAAUCACUUAAGAAUGUCAAAAUGUGCGUGUGAAAUGACCAACAUCCAAUCGAUUGUGGAGAUCAGCUGAAAUCCUAAAUAUGCAUAGAACAAGCAAAAACUAUGUAUACCUGAGAAUAAACAACUACGCUUAUCACAAAUAUUCGUUUAUAUAACCUAAUGAUUAUCAAAUUUUUCGUGUCACUGUUUUCCUAGGGACUAGAUAUUCCUUAAGUCUCUACGUUUUUAUUUCCAUUUUGAUUUAAUCUUUUUGUAUAUUUCUUUUUCAAUUUUGUGUUUGAAAUAUUCACCUAUGUAAAUAUACCAUUUUGU